AUGUUGCGAGACCGCGCUGCAAAGAUUCUCGAAAAGGCCAUUAAAAUUCCCGAGGAUCCAGCAGCCAGCAUUGAGCUCAUCAACGCUUCUCUCAUCCAGGAGGCGCUUGUCCAGGGUCUCCUAUAUGACACAUUGUCAAUUUACUAUCAAAGUCUUAAAUGGCCCGAUCACAGAGCACUGGGACAUAAUGCAAAUGACGUCUUCGCCCUUUGUCUCCUACGAUAUGGCAGCAACUGGAUGCUCACUGGGCCAGGCUGUGUAGAUCCCAUGCUGAAGAUUCGGCAACAAUCCGAUCCCAAAUACUUCAACUGUUACAGUGUAGAAAUUAUGAAAGAAGCAUCCGAACACAUUAAUGAAUUGGGUCUAAUACUCUGGUUAGGACCCGACGAGAACUAUGGCAAAAGCGAACGUCAGGCCUUCCUCUUCGACUUGUUUGAACAGGCAUACGGGCUACGAGUAGUCAUACACGAGCCUGGUCAACAUGGAAGUCUGGAGAGGCAUGGCUUUCAGGUCGCGCCGGGUCGCAUGAAUGAAAUGACCUUCCAGACAGUUAAAAUGCUUCAUUACAAUCGGCCAAACAAGCCCUGCUUUUCAAAUCCAGACCAGAAGUUUGUGGAUCUUGAGGAGCAAUACGACUACCAGUUUGAAAUGUGUCUCAGUAGCUAUAUACAAAAUCUAGUUGUACAACGCUGUGGAUGCCUCUAUGCAUACUUUCCUCGAAUCUACCCGCCGAACACAACCCUGCCCUACUGCGGUCAGUUAUUAGCUGAUGCAGAUGGCCUACUAGAUGAAGAACUAGUAAUUCGUAGGAGACGAUGCGCCCAGUCAAUUAUUGGCAAUGCAGCCGUACUGCGUAAGAAGAUCGAAGUGGAGAAGAUAUGCCUGAGGCGCUGUGUUGUGACCGAAUACGAAACUGAAGUCUCUGUAACAAUGUGGAGACCGACCAGUUGGCAGCUCUACUGGAGUCAGAAAACCUCCAGCCUAUUUGACUCAGCUCUCAACGGUUCUUUGACGUCAAACGAAGCACGUCUAAUCCAUCACUUCUUAAAAACAAAAAAUCUCACUGAUUUUCAUGUAAACGAGCUGCGCCCUGGGUCCUUCGACAGCAAAGCCUUCGUCUUCAACGACCGCUACACAUAUCUGUUGAUAAAGAGAAAAAGCAAUGACACUGUCAUCAAAAAUGAAAAUCUUGUGCUGACCGAGAACGCCCUUUUCAGUCGAAUUGGCGGCUUGUGUUCGUUGUACAUUGGGAUGACUUUUGCAUUUUUUGUAGAGAUUAUGGAGUUCAUUUAUAUCACUUGCAGGAAGAGUUGGAGCAAAAAAGGCCCUGAGGGAACUGAUACCAUCGGUGACCAUGGCGCCUCUGUCAUUGUAUCAAACAUUAAAGCUGCAGAUCUUAAUGGUGCUGAAUGCUUGCUGGACAGCAAUUUUAGUAACCUCCAAUCAAACGGAGCUUCUGAACCCAUACAGAUGCCUGCUCAGUUACUGCCCAAAACGCCUUCGCCAUAG